UUGCGCUUGUGUUUGACCGAUUCUCACUUGUGUUGCGCUUCCUUUGCGAUAACGCUUGCGCAGGUAAACAAUGUGAAAAGCCUUGGAACGAGUCCCGUACCAAUCGUACCAAUCGGGGUCCCUGUGCCUUUUUUCGUGGCGCCUUGUUUUCUUGUGACUUGACUUUGAGCAUCAUGGCUGUUUUUAAUUUCCGUAUCGUUUUUAUCACAUUUCUGCUCGCGAAAGUACAUUCACUUUCAGUUGAAGAAGUCAAAACGCAUAGACCAAUUAUAGGCAUAUUGGCAGAGAAGGUGUAUGGCUCAUCUUCAAAAUCAUACAUUGCUGCAUCAUAUGUGAAAUACAUUGAGUCUGCUGGCGGCAGAGUUGUUCCUAUUUUUCCAGAUAUGUCAGAGGACAAAUUAGAGAAACUCUUUUAUUCCAUUAAUGGUGUCCUUUUUCCUGGUGGAGGCGUAGACUUGAGCAAGUCUGGGUAUGCCAAGAAUGGGAAAUUCCUAUACAACAUGGCCCUCAAGGCAUAUGACAAGGGCGACAUUUUCCCAGUUUGGGGCUCCUGUCUUGGUUUUGAGCUGCUGACUGUGAUUACUAGUGAUGACAAAGUGGCAUUAUCUCGUGUUGAUGCCGAGAACUUGCCUUUGCCAUUGAACUUCUCUGAAGGUUUCAGGGGGAGCAGACUGUUUGCUGAUGCCCCAGAUGGUCUCAUUAAGGCUGUUCAGACUUCAAACAUCACCUUGAAUAACCAUCACUACGCACUCGCGCCUGGAGAUUUUGGGAAAAACGAUGCCCUAUCCAGUUUUUACAAAGUUCUAUCCACGAAUGUUGACAGAAAAGGAAAGGAAUUUAUUUCAACGGUUGAAGGCAUUAAAUACCCGGUGUACGGCGUACAGUGGCACCCAGAGAAGAACCAGUUUGAGUGGAGCAGACGGGAGGAUAUCCCUCACAGCAAAGAGGCUAUUCAGAUCGGACAGUACAUGGCUAACUUUUUAGUCAACCAAGCGCGAAUGAAUGACCAUCAUUUCCCGAGCACAAGCGAAGAGGACGCAGCCUUGAUCUACAACUACAACUCCACCUUCACAGGAAAGCACUCAAACUUUAUGCAAUGCUACUACUUCGAGCAGUAAAACGGAACAACAAAGGAAACAAUGUAUUAAGGACAGGUUUUGACUAUGCAAUUUUUAUUACCGAUGAGUAUAUAAUGUGCCAUUGAAACCAGUCAAUUUAUACCUCACUCGUCAGUUCAUUGGCAUGUUUACAACUACAUAUUCGGAGUUUCCAUGGAAUUGUGCGAAUUUAUGGAUAAAACAGAAUAUACUGUG